CGGGAGGACGCCUCUGGGAAGAAGACCGCGGGCGAAGCAAAGUUGCAGGGCAGCUGAGGAGCUCGGCCGCAGCCCUUCCAGCCCGCUCACCCCAGGCUAUGGAGGGCCGACUCUAAAAUGAAUCCCGACCUGGACACCGGCCACAACACAUCAGCACCUGCCCACUGGGGAGAGUUGAAAAAUGCCAACUUCACUGGCCCCAACCAGACCUCGAGCAACUCCACACUGCCCCAGCUGGACAUCACCAGGGCCAUCUCCGUGGGCCUGGUCCUGGGCGCCUUCAUCCUCUUCGCCAUCGUGGGCAACAUCGUGGUCAUCUUGUCGGUGGCCUGCAACCGUCACCUGCGGACGCCCACCAACUACUUCAUCGUCAACCUGGCCAUUGCCGACCUGCUGCUGAGCUUCACCGUGCUGCCCUUCUCAGCCGCCCUGGAAGUGCUUGGCUACUGGGUGCUGGGACGAGUCUUCUGUGACAUUUGGGCCGCCGUGGACGUCCUGUGCUGCACGGCCUCCAUUCUGAGCCUGUGUGCCAUCUCCAUUGAUCGCUACAUUGGGGUGCGCUACUCUCUGCAGUACCCCACACUGGUCACUCGGAGGAAGGCCAUCUUGGCGCUUCUCAGCGUCUGGGUCUUGUCCACAGUCAUCUCCAUAGGGCCUCUCCUUGGGUGGAAGGAGCCCGCACCCAAUGAUGACAAAGAAUGUGGGGUCACCGAAGAACCCUUCUACGCCCUCUUCUCCUCCCUGGGCUCCUUCUACAUCCCUCUGGCGGUCAUUCUGGUCAUGUACUGUCGCGUCUACAUCGUUGCCAAGAGGACCACCAAGAACCUGGAGGCCGGAGUCAUGAAGGAGAUGUCCAACUCCAAGGAGCUGACCCUGAGGAUCCACUCCAAGAACUUUCAUGAGGAUACCCUCAGCAGUACCAAGGCCAAGGGCCACAACCCCAGGAGUUCCAUAGCUGUCAAACUUUUUAAGUUCUCCAGGGAAAAGAAAGCAGCCAAGACCUUGGGCAUUGUGGUCGGUAUGUUCAUCUUGUGCUGGCUACCCUUCUUCAUCGCUCUACCACUUGGCUCCCUGUUCUCCACCCUGAAGCCCCCCGACGCCGUGUUCAAGGUGGUGUUCUGGCUGGGCUACUUCAACAGCUGCCUCAACCCCAUCAUCUACCCGUGCUCCAGCAAGGAGUUCAAGCGCGCCUUCGUGCGCGUCCUCGGGUGCCAGUGCCGCGGCCGCCGCCGCCGCCGCCGCCGCCGCCGUCCCCCGACGGGGGCGCAGUGCGCGCCUAGGUGCGAAGGUCUCUCCCGCGGGCCCAGCGCGCUGGCUCCCCGACUUCUCCAGCUGCGCGCAGCAAAGAAGACGGAGCCUCCCAGGGCUUCUCCUUGCGGCCCAGAGCCGGGCAUCCUUCCUCCGUACGUGCAGAGACUGAGAAACAGCUCUUUAGACACCGCAGUGACCGCUCCUCUCUCCCUUCCCCUGAGCAGGUGUUUCGAACCGGGCAAGUUCGGCGUUGAGGCGGCCCCGGGCGCCACCUGCUGUCCGCCGCGCCUAAGCGACGGAGUGCACGAGAACGAACGCCGCAAUUCAACAUGCGGAGGGGAGAUCCAAGUUCUGAAUACUGAUCCAGCAGGAGCCACUAACUUUGGGCCCCCGGCUCUGACAGCAGAAGGUCCAGUAGAGUGGCCGCUGGAGCAGGGCACGGGGUGUGGCAGUGGAAGUCUGAAGGUAGGCAGUCCAAGGAUGCUCUGGCUCAACCCCCCCACCCCCGCCAUGCUGCCAGCGCUGAGUAAUGCGGACGCCCGACGUAACCCAAAAUGGAAACCGCCACCACAUUUCAGUCCGUACAAUUGCGUCACACACCGCGACAGCGACGUGCUUUCUCCACUACAUUUCCCAGGAUGCUUUGCCAACAGCGAUGCCAUUGGUUGGCGCUGA